UCGAGCCGUCCAAAAAUUCUAUAAAAAAAAAAUCGAUGGGGCAAUCAACGGCAUCCGACGUUCGUAGGUGCUCAAUCCAAACACCCCAUUUUUUCGUAUAACCGUGGCAUUCCGAAUGGCAAAAAUCCUUUCAUCCUUCACAGCCUCGUCAGGUAUGGGAUCACCCGGUGAUUUGGUUGAAUAUACCUAUGAAACACUGGAUUCUCUCACUGGGGGAUUCAGUGCAGAAAACUAUAUUGGGAGUACCCAAUAUGGAGAAGUGUUCCGGGGGAAAAUUCACGAAGGUAUGGAGACACGAGAAGUCGUUGUAAAAAGAUGGGUAAAGCCCUCUAAUGUGAAAACAUGGCCGAGAUUUGCAGCCCGAUUGGAAGCUGAAAUCAAGUUACUGACUGCUUCGGUCCUGCGUCGGCAUCCGAACAUGGUAAAGUUAAAUGGAUACUGCUGUGAAAAUGGACGGUUUGGUGUUGUAUAUGACUUGAAACCAGUGGAUACUGUUCAUAACCUAGUUCUUCAAGAUGAUUUCAAAUGGCUGGCACGAAUCAAGGUGGCGCUUGAAUUUGCAGUCCUCGUUGAAUGUUUGCAUGGUGAAGAACUCUUGCUUCGGAAUACCAACGCAGCUCAUUUGAUAGUUGAUGAGGCUUUCAGUCCAAGAUUAUUGGACUUCAGUCUGCUUGUUGGAGGAGUUUUUGGAGGAAUUCCUUCACGUGAAUGCAAAUGGGGAUGCGUUGGCUAUGCUGAUCCACGUCUCCUCGAAUCAGGUAACUGGUCAGACAAGACAGAUGUUUUCGCAUAUGGUAUUCUUCUCCUGGGGCUAAUAGCCAAAAGAAGAGCGUAUGAUACAAGUUUAGAUUCCCGGCGGGGAAUGAAUGAUGGUAAUACUACUUAUUACUGGGCCUUGAAAGAGUACAACGCACACUCUCAGUCUAAGGUUUGGGGAAAGUUCAAGAAAAGAAAGCCCAAGUCGCUUGUGCACAAAAGCUUCGAGAUGGAUCCAUAUUUUGAUGCGGGUGAUGGGAUUACAAUCACGAAACUGGCAAUGGAUUGUGUAGGUGAUGAUCCAAAGCAACGGCCGACAAUGAAACAAGUCGUUUGCUGUCUGCGAGAACUAAAUGCUGUUCGGUUUUACGGGCACAUAAUUGGCAUCCCUGGUGAGAUGUUUGAAGGUACUGGGUGAUGGCGAUGCUAUCAAACAACUAUCGGUUAGAAUACUGCAGUCAUCAGUCGUUCCCCACGAGAUGUUUCAUUGUCUUUUGUUUCCACAUUAUGGGAGAGUUCUGUAGGCAGUACUCCUCACGUUGAAUUACGUAAAUUUCUUUCCUGUUAGUCUAAGCUCGUGGCCUCUUGCAUUGUAGUAUGUUACUGCUACUCCUUACAUGGUAGUAUUUCCAAAUAUGAUAUCCAACCACUUCUUUCACUGUCU